AUGCCCGAGGGCACAGAGGAGAAGCAAGCGGUGAGAGUCCUGCCUGCCUGGUAUGCCCCCUCAGAGGGCAGGAGGGGACGGAGGGACGGGGCAUGGAGGGGAGAACAUGGAGGGGACAAGCCUUUUGAUAGAAGAUGGGUGGGUGACGAAUCUAAGUCUAGGGGACCCGGCCUGGCUGCCCCUUCCCCCCCAGCCCAGGGCCUCCUUCUGUCUGUCCUGGGAGUGAACUGUCUUGGGGGACUUCCCCAAGAGGCCUCGCCGGCACCAGAGAGUCCCCUAGACCCAAGGGAAAGCCAAGACAAAGGCAGAGGGAGAAGUGCCUUGAGGGUCAGGCAGAGGAAACAAACUGGCACAUUGAUGAUCACAUUAGACUCACAUAGAGAUCUGCAGUCUGGAAUUCCUUGA